CAGCUAACCCAAUAAGCCUAAAGUUCUAACAUUUCAUGAACUCCUUCGUUGUCUUCCUUCUAAUUUUAUUCCAAUAAAGAAAGAACAGGUCAUAGAUGGAGGGUCUGAUCCCUAUGGUUUACAAGGCAAUCAAGAGAAACAGAGUUCGCCGAAAAUACCGCUGUCUCUCCUCUGGGGAUGCUCAAAGUUACAACAUAGCCGACUUCUACAUCAAUGAUCAGAGUCAUGUAUAUACGCUUCCUUCAACCCAGAAGAUUGGUGGCGGUUUGCAUAUUGAGAGAAAUGGUCACCGGCGACACAGUUCUGUCGGAGACUAUGGAGUUGGAUUCUCGCCGCCUGAAGGUAAGAGAAUGGAAUCUGCACCUGCUCCAAAGGGACUUGUGCGGUUUAGGAGCCAUAGAUUGUUCUCAUGUGUUACUGGUGGCAUCUAGAAAGGCAUCCUCAGUCAUUGUACCAAAUCAUGUUGAACUGAUCUGUCAUUUUUCCUUUUGGUUACUGUUAUAUAGAUUUGUUCGAUUCAAUUCCCUGCAAUUAGGGGGAGGUUGAGACAGCUAGAACAAGUUAGUCUUGCUGCAAGUAGUGCAUAUAAUAAUAUGCACCUUUAUCAUGUCCGAGUCCAGCUCAAGGUUCAAUGUCCAGCCAACCUGAGCCAAUAUUGAGUCCAACCAAGUACUGUUCCGAGCCUAACAAGGUUGUCUGUGAGCUAUAUUCGAUGUAAAUAAGUCGUGUGAAGGUGUCGUCUUUCAAGCCGAGUGGCCAGCCUUGGUUCUCUCGGACUCGGAUUCGCGUACUUAAAACUUUGGGAUCCAAGCACAAGCAGAUCUAGAUGUGUAAUUUAGUUUGGAAAUUGAUCAGUUGUGUAUUGCUGCAGAUGGCUGUGGUCUGUAUGAUAUGCUUUACACGUGCGUGUAGGUCUUAAAAGUUUUAUUAUCUGACAAUAUGAAUCAAUUGUUUUCGAUGCA